UGUCCGCCCACUGGAGAUGCUCUUAGACCUAAUUCACAUAUUUUAUGGAAGAAACCGAAUUCCGGAAGAACAAUUUCCCCCAAUUCCAUACCCACACACUACGAAUUCAAUCUCCCCCGAUCUCAUACCCAUUAUACGAAGAGGUAGAAGAUAGAUAUAUUCAGCGACACACUGAGAGUGUCAGGAGAUGGCCAAGCUUACGUUCCGGCGGAAGAAGAAGUCCUUACCUCCCACGCUGCCUCCUCCUCCUCCUCCGUCGAUCGAGGCGUCUUCCUCUACAAGCAAAGCGUCCGCGAAGAAGAAGCCGGUUGGCUCUCGCCUCUGGAUGCGGAUGGAUCGCCUUGCCCAGUCCGAACUCAUCGACUGCGAUAAGACCGUCAUCAUCAAGCGCGUCUCCAUUCCCGCUAUGGAUUUGAGGAUUCUCGGCCCUAUUUUCUCUCAUUUCUCCAGCAUUCUUGAUAGGGAAAAAGCCAUGAUUGUAAGUUUGGAAUUUAUAAGAGCAAUAAUUACAGCGGAAGAAGUGUUGUUACUUGAUCCUCUUCAACAGGGGGUUCUGCCCUUCGUGGAUCAGCUGAGACAGAAGUUGCCUCAGAAAGUCUCUCAAGAUAAGGAAAUGCAAUCUGCCACUGUUGGAGAAUGGUUAACUGCUCCAGAGACUGCUGAUGGCUUGCAAGAGGAACUUCCUUUUGAGUUCCAGGUCCUCGAAAUAGCAUUAGAGGUUGUAUGCACAUAUUUAGACUCCAGUGUUACUGAACUUGAGAGGGAUGCUUACCCUGCUUUAGAUGAACUGGCCAUAAGUGUUAGCACCAAGAACCUGGAGCGUGUACGGAGUUUGAAAAGUAAUCUCACUCGUUUGCUUGCACGGGUACAAAAGGUAAAGAAAUUACAUACUAAGUAUAUCUGUACGCAUACAAAGGUACUUAUUUUUUGGUUAGACAUAUAAACCUUCUCGAUGUUGUAAAUCAAGAUGAUGCAGCUAAUGCAAAUGGAUCUUGUUUCAAA